AACAGGGCUUCCCGUUCGCUCAGCCGUACUUAAGCCAUAUGCCGAUACGUUAGUAGUUGGGUGGGUGACCACCAGCGAAUCCGUAUUGUUGAUUGUUUUUGCAAUUUUGGUUGAAAGGGUGGAAUUGAUGAGAUGAAGUUUUGCUGGAGUAUAUAUUUUUGGGGGUUCAGGCGUCCACAUGCGGCCAGGUGGUCGCAGUUGCCCUGAAUUGGAGGCUCGCCACUGGCCCCUGAAGGCGCGUAUUCAGGGCCAAACCCGCGUCUUUUUUGACAGAUUCCGGUGCUUACCAAUUGAUGUGCAACACCCCAGAUUCUCUUAGACCAUGAUCUCGGGAACACAUUGAUGUUGUAUACAUUGCUUGCGCUUUCAUAGCAUCCUCCGACUUUGAGGAGGUCUGUCCUUGCCAGCCACCAUGAAGACUCUUCUCUCAUUAUGGGCAUUUGUUGCCCUGAUGUCAGUCGUCUGCGCCGUCCAUACUUCCAACUGGGCAGUCCUAGUGUCGACGUCGCGGUUCUGGUUCAACUACCGUCAUCUCGCCAACACCCUCUCCUUGUACCGAACUGUCAAACGACUAGGCAUUCCCGACUCUCAGAUUCUGCUCCUCCUUCCCGAUGACAUGGCAUGCAACCCACGCAACGCUUUCUCGGGCACCGUCUACUCGAACGCUGACCGUCGAAUGGAUCUUUAUGGCGAAAAUGUCGAGGUGGACUAUCGUGGCUACGAGGUCACGGUCGAGAACUUUAUUCGUCUCCUCACGGACAGAUGGGAAGAAGGCGUGCCGGCCAGCAAGAGAUUACAGACGGAUGAAGGAAGCAACAUACUCAUUUACAUGACCGGCCACGGUGGUAGCGAGUUUCUCAAAUUCCAAGACAGUGAAGAGAUCUCAAGCUGGGAUCUUGCAGAUGCAUUUUCGCAGAUGAGAGAAAAGAAGCGGUACAAUGAAAUGCUAUUCAUGAUCGACACCUGCCAGGCCAACACCUUGUACCGACAAUUCUACGCUUCAGGAGUUAUCGCGACUGGCUCGUCCGAAGAAGACGAGAGCUCCUAUUCUCACCACGCGGACAACGACGUUGGAGUCGCGGUUAUCGACCGCUGGACGUAUUAUGUAUUGGAGUUUCUGGAGACACAAGUGACUGGCCCCAACUCGGACAAGACUCUCGGCGAUCUGUUCGACAGCUAUGAUGUUGGCAAGAUCCAUUCCAACCCUGGCGUCCGUUGGGAUUUGUUCCCUGGAGGAGAGGAAGCCGGCAGGAGUCGAAGAGUCGUUGAUUUCUUCGGCAAUGUCCAGAAUGUAGAAAUCCAGGGCAACAAAUCAG